CUCUCUCUCUCUACAUUUUUUUCUUCAGCUUUCUGCUUGAAUGGAGGGACCUUGAUAAAAAAAUUCUCUCUGCUUUCCUAUUCCUGCUUUUCUCUACAGUUACCCGAGCUCUAAAAUCCUCAUCUUCUUUUGAGUUUCCUCGUUACUAUUUCGCACUGCAAAGUAAAAUAUUCAGAUUCUUACAACCUUAGAAAAGAACAAACUCUAUGUUGUCAGCGCAAUUGGGGGUGGAGGGGCAAAGUCAGUGUAAUGUCUCUCUGAUGGCUUCUUCAGCAUCGGCCGACUGCAUCACUCAGAAUGGAUCGUCUCUGAAAGAACGCAACUAUCUGGGAUUAUCCGACUGCUCCUCUGUCGACAGCUCAGCAGUGUCGUGUGGGGCCGACACGGAAAUCAAGAGCAAUUUAAAUCUCAAGGCCACUGAGCUGACGCUUGGCCUGCCCGGAUCUCAAUCCCCUCAUCAUCAAGAAUUGAGCUUCACUGCACUGCUCGACGAAAAGCAACUGUUCCCACUUAUUCCUUCCAAAGAUGCUCAAAAGAGUGUCGUGUCUGGUAAUAAACGAGGGUUUGCAGACACUGUUGAUGGGUUUUCGGAUUCGAAAAGUGCGAUGCUUGGUGAAGGAAAAAACUGGAUGUUUAAUGGUGUGGGUGUGAUGCUUACUAACAAGCCGUGUGGGACCCAGCCUUUGGUUAAGACAGAGGCUACUACGUUGAAGGAGUGUGGUAACAACGUUAAUAACGGUGGCUCUAACACCAACAAUGCACCUGCUGCUAAGGCUCAAGUUGUAGGUUGGCCACCAGUGAGAUCUUUCAGGAAAAAUUCUCUUGCAGCAACCUCGAAGAACAAUGAUGAGGUGGACGGUAAACCGGGUCCCACUGCUCUAUUUGUCAAGGUCAGUAUGGACGGUGCUCCUUAUCUGAGGAAGGUGGAUUUGAGGACUUAUUCGACUUAUCAAGAACUUUCCUCUGGUCUCGAGAAAAUGUUCAGCUGUUUCACCUUAGGACAAUGUGGGCCCGCUGGAGCACAGACGAGAGAAAUGAUGAGUGAGAGUAAGCUGAGGGAUCUUUUGCAUGGAUCGGAAUAUGUGUUGACAUACGAGGAUAAAGACGGUGAUUGGAUGCUUGUUGGAGAUGUUCCUUGGCAGAUGUUCAUCGCCUCGUGCAAAAGGCUCAAAAUCAUGAAAGGCUCCGAUGCUAUUGGAUUAGCUCCAAGGGCCGUGGAGAAAUCGAAGAAUCGAAACUAGUGAAUUUAUCGAUCUUGAUUUCGAGUAUUUGUUAAGGUGUUGUUAUUGAGUGUAUUAUGUGUCUAUCAUGUCUUAAAUUUUAUUGUUUAUUAUCCCUAAAUCUAUUGUAUGGUUUGUAGUUGGCCUGAUUUUAAUUAUACUGAACCUAUGUGAACCAAUAUUAUCUAGUAUUUUGUAUUAAAAAUGAUUUGUGUGUGUGUGUGUAUUGAGAAAACAUUACUCUGCAAUUGUGUAUUGUGUGUGUAUUUUGCAUCGAGUUUAUUGCAGUUA